CACAGAGAGCCUUCUCCGAUUUAGCAACCAUGCCGGGCAGUUUAGAGCCGCUGGAUUUAGUCGGGGUGCAGAUUCCCUACCACUUCAGGUGUCCGAUCUCUUUAGAGCUCAUGCGCGACCCGGUUAUCAUCAGCACCGGCCAGACCUACGACCGCCACAGCAUUGAGUCCUGGGUCGCCACCGGCAACACCACCUGCCCCGUCACCCGGACCCAACUCGCCGACUUCACUCUUAUUCCCAACCACACGCUCCGCAGGCUCAUCCAGGAGUGGUGCGUCGCCAACCGCUCUUUCGGCGUCGAGAGAAUCCCGACGCCGAAGCAGCCUGCGGACCCGACUCUGGUCCGGUCGCUCUUAUCGCAGGCCGGGUCGCACUCCAACCCGUACCCGUCCCGGCUCGCCGCGCUGCGACGCCUCAGAGGCCUGGCUCGUGAUUUGGAUAAGAAUCGGGCUAUAAUCUCCUCCCAUAUCAGCGCGCGGGAAAUCCUCGUGAAUAUUGUCUUCGGCGACUCCGGCCCGGAUUCCGAGCUCAACCGCGAGGCGCUGGCGCUUCUGGUGAUGUUGCCGCUUGCGGAGUCGGACUGCGUGGCGGUGGCGUCGGACCCGGACCGGGUCGGGUUCCUGGCGCGGCUCCUGUUCCAUAACUCGAUGGAGGUCCGGGUCAACUCGGCCGCGUUGAUCGAGAACCUCCUGGCCGGGUCGCGGACGGCGGAGCUCCGGGCGCAGAUCAGCAAUGUGGACGAAAUCCACCACGGCGUGAUCGAGAUUCUCCGCAACCCGAUCGCCCAUCCACGCGCCUUGAAAAUCGGGAUCAAAGCGCUUUUCGCGCUGUGCCUGGUGAAGCAGACGCGCGACAAAGCCGUCGCAGCCGGGGCGCCGGAGACGCUGAUCAACACCCUCGCGGACUUCGAGAAAUGUGACUCAGAGAGGGCGCUGGCGACGAUAGAGCUGCUGUGCAGGGUCCCCGAGGGCUGCGCAGCGUUCGCGGCGCACGCGCUGACGGUGCCGCUGCUGGUGAAGACGAUACUGAAGAUCUCGGACAGGGCGACGGAGUACGCGGCGGGGGCAUUAUUGUCAUUGUGCUCGGAGUCGGAGCAGAGCCAAAACGACGCCGUGGCGGCGGGGAUUAUGACGCAGCUGUUGCUGCUGGUGCAGAGUGAUUGCACGGACCGGGCCAAGCGGAAGGCGCAGCUGCUGCUCAAGCUUCUUCGGGAUUCGUGGCCCGAAGAUUCUGUCGGAAAUUCUGAUGACUUUGUUUGCAGCGACGUCGUUUGGUAGUUUUUCUUUUUCUUUUUCUUUUUUCAUUUUCUUCCUCAGUAAUCUCAAAUUUUUUUUAUAAUUUUUAGGCUAAGAAAAAAAACACAAAGGGAGGUGGUAGAUUUUGGUAUAUAAAGGGAUGUAAUUUACUAAUUUUUGUAUGUAAAAAUUCAUUGUUUAGAAGCAGAAUGAGCAGAUG